UCUAGUUCUAGAUCUAUAAUAAUAAUCUAGAUCUAGAUUUCUAGAUACCUGACUUAGUUUUUAUUUAUAUUUUUAAAUUUAUGUAGUCUAGUAGUACUACUAGUCUAGAUCUAGAUUCUAGAUCUAGAUCUAGAAUAAUCUAGAUUCUAGUUAGAUCUAGUUAGGCCUGCUUAACAUUAAGAAUUUUAUUUGUUUGAUGAAUUAAGAAUAGAAUCAAGAAGUUCAGUGGUUUUAUUAAUAUGGCAAGUUUUGACCCUAGUGAGAACAUAAAAGAUGCUGAUUCUAAAUUGAUCAAAUAUCCAAUGAAACGUUUGGACAUUUCUGUUAAGAAAUUUGUAAAGGUGCUUGAUAUUGACUUGGACAGAUUGAAAAAACACAGCUUGAGUUUGGCAAGAUAUUUGAAGGCUGAGGACUGGAGUGGUCUACAUAAAGAGCAAGUGAAUGUUGUACGUACAAUACAACAAGUAGAAGCCAAUAUCAAAGAAAUUGAGAAAGCACGAGAGCAGGUAAUUGAUGAAGAUCUUAUUCAGUUUGAUGUUAAAAUACAAGAUGUUAAGAAUAAAGCUCAACUGGCAGUAAAAGAAUUGAUGAACUUUAUUGGAAUAAAUACUUCAAAUAAAGAGUCUACAAGUUCACCAAAUUAUUUGCAGAGCUCAGAAUAUGAAACACGUGUUGAAGAGAGUUUUCAAACAGCCUCACGUUUAAACCAUGAAAUUUUGACUUCACAACCUCCAAUUAAUGAAUGUUCAUUAUCUUAUUUUGAAAAUAUUCCUGUUGCUGAGUUAAACAAUGUUAUCGUUCCUCCUAGUUCAGAUGCUUCUGCAUCAUGGGAGCAGUUGCAAGAGAAUAUAAUGGAGUUAAAUGAUUUAAUACACAAUUUCUCAUACAAAGUUGAGUUGCAAAACGAUGUUAUCAAUUCUAUUGAAGACAAUGUUGAGAUGUCACAACAGAAUAUCAGAGAAGCCACCCAGAAUUUGGCAAAAAGUGCAAGCUACAAGUCAUCUUUACUGCCUGUUGUAGGAGCUGUGGUUGGCGGUGUUGUAGCUGGCCCUGUCGGCCUUGUAGCUGGCAUUAAACUUGGAAGUUUAGCGGGUGCUCUUGGUGGAGCAGUUGGAUUCGCAAGUGGUCGAUAUUUUAAAAAGCAUCAGGAAAAAGCAAAUGAACUUGAGAUGAACAAUCUCAGUGAUAAGCGAUCUCUUUCUUUCCCAGAACUAAGUCAACAUACACCAGCGCAAUUGACUGAUAAAGAAAAAUAUAAUAGUGAUGAAUAUGCAAAAUCUUCAGUCCCUCUUUCUAAAUCUAAAACGGAGGACAAUAUUGAUGUUUUAUCAAAUGUAACAUCUUCGUUUCGCAGAUUCUUUUCUCUCACAGAUGAAUAAAAAAAAGUUUUUAUUUAGAAAAAUGUCAGAUCUUCUUCUUAAAUACUGUCAUUCCAAAUUAUCAAAAACUAAAAAAUGAAUAUAAUAGCCUAUUAUAAAAACCAAUAAUAUACAUUAAAAAGAAGACAUUUUUUCAGGA